AUGGACAUUUCAAGUCCCGAGCGCGCAUCUGGAAGUCCUUUUUUAAGUGAGAGCACAAGGGUAGCGUCGGAAAUAAUCCUGCUGUUUGAUUCUGAGCACUUGACGGCUUGCAAUUGGCGCAAGCGGAGGUUAUUUGCUUUGAAAGAUUCCUGGUCGCCGGAUCAUUUUGCUCAAAGUCUAGGGGAGGAAUUUUCCUUCACUACCACCUUGCUUCGGUCUCCCCUGCACCGACAUGCUAAGUCUCCUACCCUCUGGUAUCAUCGGUAUUGGGUCAUGACCGAGGCAUUAAGACUCGACACUCGCCAUAUGCAGUCAGUGCUGCUAGCACCGCACGCGACGCCUUCUGAGCAAGCGAACAUGGAUGAUUUGAGAAUUAGUGAAGCGCUUCUCCAAGGUCAACUCGCAGUAGGCCUCAAGGCCGGGGAGCAACAUCCCAUGAACUAUUACGCCUUUAACUAUCUACGGGAGGUAUUUGCCUUACUGGAAUGCCGUUUUAAGGGGGAUUCAAAAAUGCCUAGUCGAGCAGAAUCCUCUGUUGAAGGUUUCAAAGCGCUAGCAAGAGCACAGCUAGAAGGAGUGCAUAGAUGGUGCCUCGGGCACCCACGUGAUAUAUCAGGUUGGACUUUUCUAGUCUAUUUACUUGAGAUGAUGGAUGAUGCGCUGGUUCAGACGGCCACUGUCGAAAAGACCGUCGAAUACGCUCUUACAGUUGGUUGGGAGGAAGAGGCAUUAUGGACAUUUGUCACUCUUUCCUUGUCAAGGUUUGGUAUCGAUUCAGAAACUAUCUCCUCGGCAGACUACAACAUCACUGAGCAAGGGGGCUGCAGAUUUGUUCAGCCUACCAAGACCUCUUCGCGUUGGGCCAAUAUAGCUGCUAUGGCAAAAACUCGUUCAAAUAAGGAUCGAGGUGAACGCCCUUCUUAG